CGGUGAAAGAGUCUGGGGUUCUCGCCUUUAUAUAUAGCCCUCUUUCCCUCCCCUCAAUCUUAACUUCAACCGCGACUCCUCUCCCUUCCUCCGUUUACCUCCACGCGUGUCAAUUUUAAGGUACUGAAGAGAACAAUUUCCUGCCAAUCCACGAUGCAUCUCUUCAACGUGUUCAUGGCUAUCGGAGCCUUCGCUGGACCGUCCUUGGCUGCCGCCAACACCACCCAUUGCUUCAGCAACGACACAAAUCCCGACGGAACCCUAGUGUUCGCCCCUUACAAUACGGUGUACUUCAUCAACGGCUACAAUAUCCUGCGCGAUCCGUGUGAGGGCAUCCGAAUCGACAUCGACGGAGAGUGCAUUCCGCUCGAGCCGGGAUGUCUCGCCUCGCUUGCUCCGAAAGUGUUUCUCCCAGUUGCGAGCACAACUGCGACUCGUUGGACUAUCAUUUCCGCAACUAUAAUGGCCCACCACUUCCGCCCGACUACGCCGGAAGGAUUGGGGCAUUUCGAUGCACAAAUCUUCGGCCCCAUUAGCAUCGAGCAUAAAUGGUGGAGCAAAAUUCAGACUAGGCUUAGGAUUGACUAGGGUUAUAGAGAAGGCGCGUCGACGGGAUGCACGAUAAAAACGGGGGUUUCAAAAUUUCCACUCUAGCCAAAGAAAGGCCAGGUUUACACAUCAUAGAUUUGGUAAUCUCGACUCACUUCAUGUCAAACCUACUCUUUCGUGAAAUUACUGCUAGC